CGUACGUAUUAAAUUCGAAUUUCAAUGUCUAUAAUAAAAGGAGUCACAUUAGAAGAAGAAAUGAAGAAGAAUCCUCAAUUGAAACUAUCCGAUAUACAAUCACUGAGAGAAUGGUGCAAGAAACAACCACACUUGCCAAAAAUUGAGGACAACUUUCUCGCUUUGUUCCUUCACAAUAAUUACUAUCAAAUAGAACCAACGAAAAAUACAAUCGAGAAUUAUUAUACGACCAGGACACAUUUAUCAGAAAUUUUUUGCAAUCGAGAUCCGUUUGAGGAAAAGAGUCUGCGACAAACCUUCAAAACCACGGCUGUUUUUCCUCUGAAUGAAUUAACAAAGGAUGGUUAUAUCAUGAUAUUUUCAACGCUCCUGGACAGCGAUCCUUCCUUCUAUGACUAUAAUAACUGCAUGAAAAAAACUAUGAUGUUAUUCGACAUACAGUUGCUGAAUGGUACGAAUGAUGGUUACGUUUUCAUUUUUGAUGUUGGCAAAUUAUCGUUCGGUCAUGUUAUGCGAAUGAAUCCAUUGGACAUAAAGAAACAUCUGUACUAUCUCCAAGAGGCAAUGCCGAUACGUCUAAAGGCAAUUCAUAUUCUAAACGCAACACCCGCCAUGGAAUUAUGCAUGAACAUUGCGAAGGCUUUCAUGAAAAACGAAUUGAUAGACAUAAUACAUUUUCACUUAUCAUUAGAGAGCAUUUCUGAAUAUAUCCCAGUGGAUGCGUUGCCAAAUGAAAUAGGCGGAAAAGCAGGUUCUACGCUUAAACUAGCUGAAAUUCAAUUGAAGAAAUUGGAAGAUAAUCGCGAGUGGUUUCUGUUGGAUGAAUUAACCAAACGCGUUAAUGAAGCGUUAAGAAUAGACAAGAGCAAAACAGGAAAUGAUUUGUUUGGUAUAGACGGUAAUUUUAAAAAACUUGAUAUAGAUUGAUAAAUACUUAUAACUUCAUCUGAUUUAACUAAUUGUGUAAAUCUCAAUUAAUAUUAUUUUGUACUUCGCACUUUGUAGUGU